GGAUGUUCAGAGCCCAAAGUUCCAGGCUUCCAUUCUCUGCGCUCUUGGCAAUGUAGAUCAAGGACAAUGCAGCUCUGGCGCCAUAGUCUCUUUGGCUUCGCAAAGAACUGGAGGGGUUCCUCACUUCAUUUAUCUACUUAUGUUCUGCUUACCUGCCAGCCAGGUGUGGGCCUGAGAGUGCCCAGAGGCGCGGCCUUGCUGUGUACUGUGCUCACUGAUGUGCUCAAGAACCAAGGCGACACCAGAAACACAAUAUGUGCCCAGCUUCUGUUGACUGAGAUUCAGGCAGUGCGGAAAAUCCACAGACCCAAGUCCAAGUCAAACACAAAUGGAACAAAGGUGGAUGUGACCGGGGUGCCACCUGCAGAUGAUGGGAUCUUCCAGACAAUGGAAUGGCAUGAAGCCAUGAGAAGGAUGGAAGUUCUGAUGUGCGUCAGCAUAGGCAAACCAUGAGAACUUGUGGCCACAGAGGAUCAGUCCCAAAAGGUGAUUAUCUCAGAGAUUUUGUUAAAGUGACAGAGAGCCGACUCCCAUGGUGGCCAAUGAGGGGAUCUCCUCACGACUCAUGCUGAGGAUAUUCUGGGGUGGCUGCAACCUCUAAGGACUCAGGUUACAGAGAUGGGACAGGCUGUGCUCCUGGACCCAGGCUUGGUCAACACCAGCAACUCUACCAGUCCAGCGCCAACCCCGGGGUCCCAGGCCUGUGCACGCCUCUUCUCCCACAUCACCAAGGCCAACGUGUUCCCACCGAGAGCUUCGGAGCGGCGGCGGCUGCUGCUCGCAACCCUAGCCUGCCAGGGCGUGCGCGGCUCCAGGGUGCUCAAGGAGGACGUGAGGGCUCUGGGAGCCCUGGCCUGUGACCUGCCUGGGCGCUUCGUGGUGCACUCAGCUCCAGUCCUCCUCCCCCGGCUGGCAGGCUGCCCAGGGCCCCUGGACCAGGGCCAGCAGGAGGCAGCCAGAGUGGUUCUGCAAGGCGGAGGACCCCCCUAUGGGCCCCCGUCGAGGUGGUCAGUCUCAACGCUGGACGCUCUGCAGGGCCUGCUAGCUGUGUUGGACCAGCCCAUCAUCCAGGACAUCCCCAAGGAUGUCCUGGCUGCUUGGCUGCUGCGUCAUUCCAGGGGCCCAUCCUGGCGGAGGCCAGAGCUUCCUGCCACCCUCAUGAGGCUCCGGCGGGACACACAGGAGAGGACCUGCCCCCAGAAGCAGAAGCCCUGCCCCCCUGGCCGGAAGCCCCAGGUGGUGGAUGAAAACCUCAUCUUCUAUGAAGAGUGGGAACUGGAGGCCUGUGUGGACGGUGCCCUGCUGUCUACCCACAUGGAGCUUGUGAAUGCGAUCCCCUUCACCUACCAGCAGAUCCACACCCUCAAGUGCAGGCUAGACCAGACCUACCCACAAGGCUACCCUGAGUCCCUGGUCCAGCGCCUGGGCUACUUCUUCCGCUACGUCAGCCCCGAGGACAUCCACAAGUGGAACCUGACCUCCCUGGAGACUGUGAAAGCCCUACUCAAUGUCAGCAAAGGGCAAAAAAUGGACAAGCAGGUGACUGCCCUGAUUGCCCACUAUGUGCUGGGAGGUGGCCAGUUGGACCAGGACACCAUGGGUAGCCUGGCUGGCUUCCAUCCUUCCUACCUGUGCUUCCUCAGUGCUGAGCAGCUGCACUCUGUGCCCUCCAGGGUCAUGUGGGCCAUCAGACCCCAGGACCUGGACUCAUGUGGCCCUAGGCAGCUACAUGUCCUCUACUCCAAGGCCUGCGUGACCUUCAGGAAUAUAAGCCAGCCUGAGUACCUUGGAAGGAUCCGGGCUUUCCUGGGUGGGGCUCCCAUGGAGGACCUGAGGACACUCAUCCUGCAGAAUAUGACCAUAGACAUGGCCACAUUCAAGAAGCUACGGGUUGAGGCUGUGGUGGGUCUGACCGUGUCUGAAGUACAGAAACUUCUGGGGCCACACGUCAGGGACUUGAAGGCUGAGGAAGAGGAUAGCCCAGUGCAGGACUGGAUCUCACAGCAGCGGCAGGAGGACCUGGACAGGCUAGGGCUGGGGCUCCAGGGUGGCAUCCCCAAUGGCUACCUUGUCCUGGACCUCCGCUCCCGAGAGGCCUUCUCUGGGGCGUGCCCCCUCCAUGGACCUGGACUCUUGCUUGCAUCCAUCCCAGCUGUACUCCUGGCUUUGACUCUGAGCUGAGGCCACCUCUUCAUCUGCAGCAGGUGGCAGUCAGGUGGUUGCUGUCAAACCUGAGGGUGUUUGAGCUCAAUAAACAGUAGCACCUGC